CCAGCGGUCAACUUGGACAGACUCGGCUCUCGUGCGAUCUCCAUAAUGCGUUCCUCCGGCCUUUACACGGCCCUGCUGUGCUCCCUGGCUGCUUCCACCAAUGCGGUCGUCCAUGAAAAGCUCGCUGCCAUCCCCUCGGGAUGGCGUCACCUCGAGGAUGCUGGUGCCGAUCAUCAGGUCAGCCUGUCUAUCGCGCUGGCCCGCCAAAACCUGGACAAGCUCGAGUCCAAGCUGAAGGCCUUGUCGACUCCGGGUGCACCCCAAUACGGCCAGUGGCUGGACCGGGAGGAUGUUGAAUCGCUGUUCCCUGUUGCAAGCGACGAAGCCGUGGUUAACUGGCUGCGCAGUGCCAACAUCACCCAUAUUUCCCGUCAGGGCAGUUUGGUCAAUUUUGCGACCACCGUUGACAAGGCGAACGAGCUCCUCAGCACCACCUUUGCCUACUACCAGAACGGUCGGUCCCAGAAGCUGCGCACGACGGGGUACUCUAUCCCUGAUGAUCUGGUCGACUCGAUUGAUCUCAUCUCCCCCACGACCUUCUUUGGUAAAGAGAAGACCGGUGAUGGUCUGGCCGAGCGGGCAUACAAGCUCGAGGACCACCAUGUGGCCAAGCGCUACAACUACUCCACCUGUGCCGAUGUUAUCACUCUCUCUUGCUUGAAGGAGAUGUACAACUUCGGCAACUACACUCCUAGCGCUUCGUCGGGCAGCAAGGUCGGCUUCUCCAGCUUCUUGAACGAGUCGGCUUCUUAUGCCGAUCUUGCCAAGUUUGAGAAGCUCUUCAACGUUCCCCAUCAGGAAUUCGCCGUUGAAUUGAUCAACGGCGGCUACAACGACCAGAACUCGUCGACGGCCGAGCUGACCGAGGCCGACAUUGAUGUUGAGCUGCUUGUCGGCGUUUCUCAUCCUCUGCCGGUGACCGAGUUUAUCACUGCUGGAACACCUCCCUUCAUCCCCGAUCCCGAUGAGCCGAGUGCUUCCGAUAACGAGAACGAGCCCUACCUCCAGUACUACGAGUACCUCCUCUCCAAGCCCAACUCGGCGCUGCCCAACGUUAUUUCCAACUCUUACGGUGACGAUGAACAGACUGUUCCUGAAUACUAUGCCAAGCGGGUGUGCAACCUGAUCGGUCUUGUCGGCCUUCGCGGAAUCAGUGUCCUCGAGUCCUCGGGAGAUGAAGGCAUCGGAUCCGGCUGCCGCGCUGGAGACGGCACCAACCGAACCCAAUUUAACCCCAUCUUCCCGGCCACCUGCCCCUACGUGACCGCCGUGGGCGGCACCAUGUCCUACGCCCCAGAAAUUGCCUGGGAGGCCAGCUCUGGUGGUUUCAGCAACUACUUCGAGCGUGCCUGGUUCCAGAAGGAGGCCGUGCAAAACUACCUGGCCCACCACAUCACCAACGAGACCAAGCACUACUACUCGCAGUUUGCCAACUUCAGCGGUCGUGGAUUCCCUGAUAUUGCAGCUCACAGCUAUGAACCUCCGUAUGAGGUUAUCUGGUAUGGCGACCGUUACGGAUCUGGUGGUACCUCUGCAGCCAGUCCGAUGUUCGCCGGCUUGAUCGGCCUGUUGAACGAUGCCCGUCUGCGGGCCGGCAAGCCCGCUCUGGGCUUCUUGAACCCUUUCUUCUAUAGCCAGGGUUACAAGGCGCUUACUGACGUGACCUUGGGUCAGUCCAUUGGUUGCAAUGGCAUCGAUCCCCAGAGCGACGAGGUUGUUCCUGGAGCGGGUGUUAUUCCCUGGGCUCACUGGAAUGCCACUGUGGGAUGGGAUCCCGUUACUGGUCUGGGUCUUCCUGACUUUGAGAAGUUGAGGCGGUUAGUGCUGUCGUUCUAGCUGCCUGCCUGUCCGGACGGUUUAUGAGAUCUGUAUAACUAUGUGAUGACAUGUAAUGUGGAAUGCGAUCGAUGACAUUGCUCAGCUUGUCUUUAUGCCAUCCUGUUUUGCGAAGCCAUGUCGUUCUUGCCAUUAGACAUCCAUUAAUGAAUGAAGACUGUAUCUGCCUAUAACCAAAC